UUUCUCUGAAAAGCUUCCCGUGCUUUCUAAGCUGAUGUUGAUUGUAACAGCAGGCAGGGAGGUGCUACUUGAGCAGGCUGACUGAAUAACUGCCAAAAACAUACCUGGCUGAAGUUAUUGAAACUGUCCUCUCCGCCACCCCGGCAUUAAUGAAAAGGCUAAUCUUCUCUAAGUCUCUUAUAACCCAGCAAUCUCUUAAGGGGCUGGAUCCGUGAUUAAAAACAGAGGGAAAGCAGCUGUCUUUUUAUCCUCUCGUAAUUAUUCCUUGGUCGUCAAUAGGUGUUGAUUUCCUGGGAGUGUCAUGGUGAUAGAGGUUACGUUUCCCUGUGUUGUUGGGACUAAAUGUUCAGGGGUGUUGGUUGUUUGAGUGCACCACUGAGAGCCCUGAGGAUGGAAAGUGUGAGUCUUGUUCUCUGUGAUUUCACUGCAUCGUGAAGGUUUGACUUAUUUUGGAAACGUGCACCUAAAGGCCAAAAAACAGCUAUCCAGUGUCAAGGCAAGGAGGGGCCUCUUUAAUUACCUUUUCUCUUUUUUUCUUCUGCUGUAUCUCACCAGCUGGUGGUAGGAAUGGGUUUUAAAAUGAUUUUAAUUAGAAAGUCAAAACCAGCAACUCACUUCUUACCGCUGCAACUUGGUGAAUAAAUUUUAGUAAGUAUUUCAGGUUUGUUCUGUCAUUGCUGUUUCCAGACCUUGUUGCUACAAUUAAAAGUACGAGUCGCUAAAUUCUUAUUGGUAAAUCCUGGACACAACUAGAGAUGUCUCUAAGCGUUGUACUUUUGACUAGAAGGGCUUAGUUCUGGGAGGCUGUGAGCCACCAGAUGGCCGCUUCCUGGUCAGUAGCAUCCAGCUCUCUCCAUGGGGUUCCAGAGGAAGCUUUCAAUGUUGCAUGUUUGGUGCAAACCCUUCCUACUUCCUGAGACAUCCAUACCCAUCCACUUGUUUAAUUGCACAGCUAUGGAUGACAAGUGCCUCAUUCACACUGCGUCCUACUUUCAGUGGCAGUGACUGGCACUCACCUUGUUACCCUAUUACUUGGUAAGUGCUGUUACCUUUUCCUUCAAAUGUCAAGUAUGGGAAGACUUCCAGCUAAGAAAGAACCAUCAAGAAGGUAGGAGGGAGAAGGGAUGUUUAGGAAGUAUUCAAGUUUGUUAUUUAGGUGAACAAAGGAGGCAUUUAAAAUGUAAAGGACGUCUCCUAAAACAGGCCAAUUAUUUGUAAUAAAGAUUUUCACCCUUAGUAUUUUCUAGAAAUGAAAAGUCAACAAUAAGCAAUUAACUCAAUGUAUCUAUUGCUUUGGUUUCUCUCCUGUAGCCCCUCUUCAUGGCAACUGUCUGUCUGUAAGGCAGCCAGCGUAUGAUGUGAUGAAGACCAAUACGUGAGGCUGUAAAUAUACAUCAGUGGUGAGAUGUGCCUUGUGAAUAUACUGCUACAUGCAUCACCAAUUGCUAGUAGAGCCCGAACUCCUAGAGCUGAAACACCCUUCCCCAUGCUUAAAACCAGCAAUUGGCCUAUGCCAUUAGCCAACCACAGAACGUCGUGUUGCUGCACACAUGCAGCUGUGCUGUUUUGAGGACUUGGAAUCAGUAUCCUCACUCUGGCUCAAUGUUGAGGGAUUACUAGGACUACUAGCCAAAAAAGGUGCUGUAUGACAUGGAUAGAACCUACAAAUUCUGGAGGGAGAUGAUACCUCUUGGGUUUUUGCACUGCGAGAUAAGUUGAACCUUGUUAAGGGAUGGAUUUAAUUUAAAUCCUGUUUUCUAGAGUUUGCCAGACCCUUCCUUGACUUUAUAAAUGUCAUCACUGGUCCACUGUCGAGCCCCAAACCAAAUCAUUUCACUGCUUAGAAAGCUGGAAGCACAGAAAUUCAACAAGGGCUCUUGAGUUAAACAAACACAAAGUUUUAAGUAAGUAGGUAGAAAAUAUAUUUCUCUAAAAAGAAAUGCCCAAAGUUUAUUUUCAUAACCAAAUUCCUGACUAUGUCAUAUCUAACAGACUAGAAAUUUCCCAGAUGUUAUUGGAGCUAAAUGCAUCCGGAGGAAUUAGGCACUCAAAUGCCUUAUGUGCUAAAGUCCAAUGUUUGUGGAUCAGUGGUAUUCACAUAAUUUAACCUUCGCUUAACUCUUUAGCACAGAACUGGACCCAGGUUUCUCAGAUCCCUGUCUCACUGCUGAAGUCGAUGGAUUUCUUGGUAUAACAGUGGCUUCUUUUACAACUGUCCUUUGUGGAAAGUAUAUGCAGUUCAAAGAGACUUGCCAGAUAAGGCCUCAGGCUGAGAGGAGAGGGAAUGGCGGUUUUAGGAAUGAUGAGGGAGCUUUUGGAUGAAGCAGACCUUCAGUAGGUCAGCAGUACCAGGCCUUAAGACAGUUAUGCCUAUACCCAGCCUCAGAAGUGUGGGAUCUGUCCCUAGAAAUGCAUCCAGAAGGAAGUUGAGGUAAUUGUAAGGUGCCACAGACAUUUUGUGAAUGAAACUGGGAUCCAAGGGAUGGACAGAACAGGCAUCAACACUGGAGUGUAAGGAUGCUAUUUUUUCCUUCUGCAAUCUAACAUGUUAAUUUAGGAACUUGGAGGAUGUUGAUUAAUGAAGUUAAUGCGUUUAUUCAACAUGCUGGGUGAAAAUAAGGCUAUUGUCUUCUAUCUUUAAGACUGUCUUCUCUGUUUAACUGUCUUGACUGUUACUAGCUCCUUCAGCUAGAGUCCGCAUCAGCGGGAAUGCAAUUUUCAUGCAUUGUUUCAGUCUGGAAAUGAAAUAAUUUUCAUUAAUGGAAACCUGGUUCUCAAGCAGAACAAUUAGACCCACUUCAGGUUGAAAAAAGAUAAAAGCAUGCUAAUUUGGAUGGAGGACUCUUCUUUCAAGGCAGCCAAUUGAGUCAUCAGCCUGCCACCCACCUGACCGUCUGACAGCCACCUGAAGUUUCUGGCAGUAAAGUCAUUAUGGCAGACCUGGGUUGCAAAAAGUCCACUGACUGCACCGUCUCCAGGCUGCUCAGCGUCGUGGAGAGCGAACUCCGGGCAGGGAGAGACAAAGGUGACCCCACUGAGAAGCAGCUCCAAGUUGUCUUAGAGGAUGCUACCCUCUGGCAGAGAUUCAGAGAAGUUACCAACGAGAUGAUUGUGACCAAGAAUGGCAGGCGGAUGUUCCCUGUUUUGAAGAUCAGCGUAUCAGGCUUGGACCCAAAUGCCAUGUAUUCGUUCCUGUUAGACUUUGCCCCGACUGACGGCCACCGCUGGAAGUAUGUCAAUGGAGAAUGGGUGCCAGCUGGGAAACCAGAGUCACCAAACCACAGCUGUGUCUACAUCCACCCAGAUUCUCCCAACUUUGGGGCCCACUGGAUGAAAGCUGCCAUCUCCUUCAGCAAAGUCAAACUUACCAACAAGCUCAAUGGGAAUGGGCAGAUAAUGUUGCACUCCCUGCAUAAAUACGAGCCUCAGGUACACAUAGUUCGUGUAGGAGGCCCCCACCGGAUGGUGAUGAACUGUUCCUUCCCUGAGACUCAGUUCAUAGCUGUGACUGCCUAUCAAAAUGAAGAGAUAACAGCUCUCAAAAUCAAGUAUAAUCCCUUUGCCAAAGCCUUCCUGGAUGCAAAAGAAAGAAACCAUCCCAAGGAUGCAUCAGAAACAGUCUCUGAGGGUCAACAUAUGACAUACUCUCACUUGGGUGGAUGGUUGAUUUCCAACCCAGAUACAAUGUGUGCAUCAGGAAGCUCUAAUUACCAGUAUACUGCACCUUUACCUUUGCCAGCUCCACACACUCCCCACGGCUGUGAGCGAUAUUCAGCGCUGCGAGGGCAUCGAGCUGCUCCAUAUCCACCUUCCUACAUGCAAAGAACUCAUUCACCUACAGUGAAUUUUUUGGAGAGCUCCAGCAAUAAUCUUCAGGUAUUCUCAGGACACGACAGCUGGACUUUGCCAUCCUCUCCACAUGCUAAUUUGCUCUCAGUGCCACACACCAAGGGAGCUGCCAGCCCAGGACCCAGCCAUUACCCUUGUCUGUGGUCAGUGAGCAACAGUGCCGUAAGUGUCACCAACCCAGGAAGUGAGGUGAACAGCAACACUUCAAGCAUGUUUCUGAGGGGUAAUGUACCCUUAGCUACUGCAUCUUCAUCCGUCCAAAUCCCUCUGCAGGCAACUGCAUCUGGCAGCAUGGAAACACAAGGAGAAGCCCCUCUAGUCAGACUAGUCGACUCUGCGUGGACGUCCUCACACUCCUUUUAAUGGACAGGCAGCUCAAAAGGAAUGCUCAGCCAAGCAAGAGAGAGACAAAUGGCAAAGGAUCCCCAGGAACUGAGCUCAGAACAGGGAUGCGCAUGCAGAAUACUCCCCAUCAAGCAUCACUUUCCAUAAUGUAUCUCUUGUGCGCCAGAGAAACCAAAAUGCAUAAUGCAAAGGAGGGAAAUGGUAGGGGGACUGGCUUAUUACUGUAACCUUCCUGCAUUAUUGAGGAUGAUAUCUAGAAAGAAUCUGUACAGUUGGCUUUGCUCCUUCCUCACAUCAAAAUGAUCAGAGAUAUGGGACUGACUGAAGCAGACAUGGCAGCUGGAUAUGUGCACGUCAUUUUAGAAGGGUCCUUUCUGAAACUGAAAGCCAAGUCCAUGAAAAUUGUGGACAAGUAUGCAACCAUUGAUUUGAAGUGACAGGGCUGCUUUAAAGGCUUUCUGAAUUUGUCACAUGAAGCUUUCCUGAAACUAAGCUCUUUUGAGCUUAAUCUGACACCCUAAUUCAGCUUGCAUAUGAUAUUCUCUGUCCCUUUCCUUUCUUCAGCUCCUGUGUGCUCUUUCUGUGUUAUAGGGAUAAAGGACAAUGCCCAAGCUAAGAAAGCAGCUGCAUUGUAGCAGCAGGUGAAGGGCAUCUGGUUUAGCAUUUAUAGUCUGAUGUUAAAUGAAAAGUUCUGAUGUUUUCUGCAUGUGUUAUUUUUGAGAGGAUGGAGGGAAAAUAAUUCUAGAAAAAAAUUCAGCUUACAUUUCCACUUUGCUUCAGGCAGAGUACUAAUAAAAUAUGAAUCAAUGGUGUGUUACGGUUUCAAUGCAUUUCCAAGGUGUAAAUGUGCAAACCAAUCAUUUUUUACCUACUAGCCUCUGAGAGAAUUUAAAUUAGCUCCACCAGAAGUAUGUUGUCAGAAGUUUUCUAUAACUCUGCCAAUUACUGGCCAUAUGAUCUUAAGCAUGGCAUUUCAUAUCUUUGUACCUGUUUUCCCUUUCACUUUUUGUUUGUUCUUUUGUUUGUUUGCUUGUUUGUUGAAGAACUUACUUUUUCAGGUUGUUGCUUUUCCUGUGAGAGAGUACAGCAUCUAUGACAGCAGAAGUCUGAUCCUGUCAGCGAUAAGCAACUACUGAUAGUAUAAAGCAAAUAACAACUUACUCCCUUGGAUAUUCCUUGUUUACUUCUUCAGUCAGUCCCCAUUCACUGCUUUCAUCCACAGAGGCCUGCUUAAGGACUUGCUAUGCACUAAGAAAGGAAGUGAGCAGCAGUAAAACAUGUUAAUGUGAAUUACAAGCCAUGCUCCUGCCUUGUACUCCAUGCUGAUGUACGUUUUCCGUUCUGAGUCUCUGUCAACUACAAAAAUCCAUGCAAUGUCAGAUACCAUGUGUGGGGGUGGUGGGUUUUUUCAAGUCCUUAGGCCUGAAUCAUCCCCUUAAGGCACUUUCAGUGCUAUGUAGUUUCAUGACAUCCCCAUCUGGUUUUUUAGAUUUACUGCAGGCAAGGCACCACACCAGGAUGCACUUAAGGUGCUGUUAGUUUUAGUAAUGCGUGCUGUUCUUAGCUGAAAGCAAAGUCAUAAAGUUGUUUCAGACAUGCAUUUCUUUUGAAAGAGGCAUCGCUCAAACAGGAGCUAAAAGCAGAAGGUAUAAAGCUCUGUAGCCUACUAUUAAUCUAAUUGUUGAUAGUUCUAACUUAUAUCUUCUGUUCCAACCUCUAUCAAAGCUCACUGACAAAUUUCUCAGUAUUGUCUUUCUCUACCUUGCAGACAGAAAUGUCGGUAGUUCUGCUUUACAGGUGAAGCUGAUUAAUUAACGUAUACUACCCUCUACUGGCUGCUUGGAUCCCCACAGCAGCUGCUGAGUCUACAUAAAAUGUCUACAGAUGCUAAAAAAAAAAAAAA